CUGCUGUCAUUUAGUAUUAUGACAUUUUUGUAAUGUUUAUUUUUCACAAUUUUUUAUUGUAUGUUUAUUAAUACGGUCCGCGUAAAUCUAUUUCAGGAUGAAAUGCAAUGAAUUCGAAAAAAGUAAAUCUCGCCACAUGAACUUGGACAACUUGGAUAAAGCAUUGCACGAUCUAGGUAUGUUAAGCGCAAUAACUGAGGCUCGUCGAGACUAUUUACGAGAGUCAAAAGCAAAUUUUGGAGUGAUGCGAUUCAACACGCGCUAUGUGUCCAACGUCACCGUAGGAUAUUGUAUGAAAAGAGCGACGAACAAAAACAGACUGUGUCCGUAUGUUUUGCCCGUCAGACAUAGAACGAAGAGUGAGAACUCGGACGCAAUAGUUAACGACGGAAACGACUCAGGAUGCGAACACAGAAACAGUUUGCUGGAGCCGUCCACGAGUGGAUACGGUAAUCACGAGUGCGUCAAAAGUCCCGCGAAGCGCUGCCAGUCGCUAGAAAAUCUCAACUUGUCUGUAGAACCCCAAGCUGGUCCAGAGACAUCACCAGAAAUGGAGUGUGUGUCAACUCGCAUCCAGAAACUUCAAGUCGAUGAAUGACAUAGCCACAUCACAACCCAGUCUAGUGUUGUGACACCAAUGGAUGAUGCCGUCACCAAGUGAUGGACUGUUAGAAUGUAGAUGUAGCAUUGAAGUGAUUUAAUGGAUGUUGGUGAUAUAUUUUUCAGUGUAUGUACAUGUGGAUGAGGGCCCCCUUACAAAGUUUUGAAAACAGUAACAGGAGUGCCCACAAUCUUAUUUAAAAUAAUUUAUUUACUUAACUGUGUGCUGGUAUGUUGUCAUAAUAUGCUAAUUAUUAUUGAAUAAUUGUCAAUAUUUUAUUUAAAAUAUUAUUUAUGUGUGUGCAAGUGCUUCCUAGUGGUGACAUGUAGUAACAUGCUGAAGGAAUUUCAAUAUAAAUUGAAUAUUAUGGUGUGUUAUGUUUGAAAAAUAGAUUAUUUUUAUUUACUGCUGGCUUUACAAACAGUGCAAUAUAAAAUGCAUUAGUAAGGGGGAGAGUGUAGAUUGUUAAUGUCCCUAGUUCCUUGUGUGAUUUAAUAAUAUUGCAUGUAUGACACCCAUUAGCAGUAAGUAUUCUAUGUGUAGCUAUUGUCAUUAAAGAUUUAAGUAUAUUUAAAUUGCUCAAAAUUCUUAAUGGGUACAAAUUGUGGAUAUGACACCAAUUAUUUUGUGUCUCUGUUAAUAUUUGUCAUGGUUUGUUGAAGCAGCAGUUUAUUAUUUUAUAGUUACCUAAACUGAAUACCACCUAAGUGUUUGUUGAGAACAAAUAUUUUUUUGUCUAAGUCACAGAUGCACUUUAGUACAAGUCUAUAUUUACAUGUAUAUAAAUUAUCUACUAAAUAUGCUUGUAAUAUUUUAAAUACUAGUGUAUAUCUUGCAUUGUUGUCUGUAUGAAUUACUAUAAAAAUAUUUCAUGUUUUAAUCUAUAAUCUUUCUAGAUAUCAUAUUUAAUUUGAACCUAUUCAUCUGUUUAAGUGUGAUUAAGUACAAAAUCUCUGAACAUAAACAUUCACUUUUGCCUAUUAGAACAUAACAUAGUAGUAUUUCCUUUCAAAUUAUAAAUCAGUACUUUAACAAUGUUAAAAUACCUGUACUUUAUAAUUAUUGCUAAUUAUUAAAAUAUAAUAUAACCAUAACAGAAGCAACUAUUAUGUUAAUUUAAAAAACUAAAUAGAUUAAAUAGGUAAGAAAAUAGAAUAGUUUAUUAUAUAAUCACAAAAAAUGGUCAAUAACAAUUUGUAUGUACACACAUUAUUAUUUUUGUAUGGAUGUCAAAAUUAUUGUCAUGUUAUGUAAUAAAAAAACAAUAGUUUUAAUAACCCAUAUAACAUGCCCUAUUCUAAAAUUUGUUUAAAUUCAUAAAAUAAAUCGGAAUAUGUCACCAAGUUAAGAUAUCUUUACAACAUAAAAAUGUGAUGUAAAAUAUUUAUUCUUUAUCAUUAAUAUACCUAUUUUUAACUAUUUGUAAACAAGAAAAGUCACACUAAAGUAUUAAAUCAUCCCACUUCAAAAUAUAUUUGUAAAUUCAACAUAGUUUAUUCAAAUUUUUUCGAGUAUAUCAAAUAAAGUAUUAUUAAUAACUAAGCCUGUAUAAUUAAAAUUUACACAUUAAUAAGACUGUAGAAGGAUCUCAUGUCAUUCUCAUUAUUGGAAAUAAAUGCAUGUAAAUAUUUUAGUUCAAAAAAGGGCAAUGUGUUCCACAAUCUAAUUUUCGCUUUUGUGACUUAGCCAUAGAUACAUAUGUUUGUUAACAUAUUUUGUUAUUUUUUUUCUUUUUUAAUAACAAAUAUUUG